UGUCAUUUUGCCUCAUCAUUUUCUUCGUCUUCGCUAUUGCGUGUCUUGACUCUUGAAUCGUGACCAUGGACUCUCCGUUCAAGCCUGAUGUACUCAAAGGCAAGGUAGCUCUCAUCACCGGCGGCGGAUCCGGCAUCGGCUUCGAGAUCUCCUCUCAGUUCGGCAAACAUGGAGCUUCCAUCGCCAUCAUGGGUCGCCGUAAACAAGUCCUCGACGACGCCGUCUCUAAUCUCCGAUCUCUAGGGAUUCCGGCUGUUGGAUUCGAAGGAGAUGUUCGUAAGCCAGAGGAUGCGAGAAGAGUCGUCGAGUCAACUUUUAACCAUUUCGGUAAGGUUGAUAUUCUCGUCAACGCCGCCGCUGGAAACUUCCUCGCAGCUGCUGAGGAUUUGUCCACCAAUGGCUUCCGAACAGUUUUGGACAUUGACGCUGUAGGAACAUUCAACAUGUGCCGUGAAGCACUCAAGUAUCUCAAGAAAGGAGGGCCCGGGAGAGACUCGUCAAGCGGCGGCGGCGGUUCGAUUCUCAACAUUAGUGCUACUCUGCAUUACACUGCUUCUUGGUACCAAGUCCAUGUCUCUGCAGCCAAGGCUGCAGUUGAUGCUACGACAAGGAACUUGGCAUUGGAGUGGGGAACUGACUACGAGAUUAGAGUGAACGGGAUUGCGCCAGGCCCCAUCGGAGAUACACCUGGGAUGAGUAAACUUGGACCUGACGAGAUUGAGAACAAAGCUGGAGAUUAUAUACCUCUCUAUAAACUCGGUGAGAAGUGGGAUGUCGCCAUGGCUGCAAUUUACCUCAGCUGUGAUUCCGGGAAGUAUGUGAAUGGACUGACAAUGAUGGUAGAUAAUGGACAGUGGCUUAGCAAACCUCGUCAUUUACCCAAAGAUGCUGUCAAGGAACUCUCUCGUGUUGUGGAGAAGAGAUCCAGGGCCAAGCCGACCAGUAAACUCUAAACUAGUGUGUUGUUGUGUUAAUGUAUUAUGUUGGGGACAGGCAAGAAAUGGUAUUGAACAUUCUGUUUGUUGAAGACAGUACUGUAUGAUAUGAGACACCAGUGAACUUGAGAAGCAUUUGUGUUUCCCAUCUCAAAUAAAGUCACAUUUGACA